AUGCGCUGGUCCGACGACGGACCCCAGGCGGCCGGCGCCCCGUCCAGGCCGGCGCCCGGCUGGAGGCGCCUUAGGGACCGCGAGCCGCCGGCCGAGUCCAGAGCCCCCGGCGGGGACACAGGGACCUUCCGACGCUUCUGCUCCGGGAUGCGGCCCCCACCCCUCCCAGCCCUGCCUUUUCCUCCAAAUCACUGCCUCACAGAGACCCGGGGGCAGGCCCAGGCUUAUCCGGCUUCGGAGAUACAGGACAGAGAACAUGCCCGGCCCGGGACCCCAGCCGCGCUGCCCAAAGCUGGCCAGGCCGCUUUGGUCCUGACUACGCCGAAUGAGGCUGUGUUCGGGUGGUUGAGUGUUUUGGCUUUUGGCUACAGCUGGUUAAUUUUUCCGAAUCUGUAG